AUGCUGUCCUUGGGCCUGUUUCUGGCUGGCGCUCUCUUUCAUAAAGACUUGUACGGGUUUGCAAGUUUUUUGAGCCGAUAUAUAUGCAUCCCUACGAUCGUUUCCUUGUCUCUCGGAUCGUUCCUAACAUGCAUAUUUUCAUUAACUCUGCUGUGUUUUGCCCCAAACAUUCACCUCUACGCUCCCUACAAGUGUUUCUUCUCCGGGGUUCUUUUCUUGGAGUUUAUCACUUGGGGUGCGACCGUUUUCUCCAAGUCUUUCCUCUUGGGGCUGAUAAUCGAUUCUCUCUAUCAUGCUGCCUCCAAGUACACGAUUAACUCUCAAGCAAAUCUCACUUGGGAUGCUCUUCAACUUGAUUACCGCUGCUGUGGCGUUUAUAACUAUACCGACUGGUUCCAUUACUUGAAAGACUCUAUUGUCCCGGAUUCCUGCUGCGUAAACUACACUAUUGGCUGCGGAGUCUUUAACUCCACGAGCACCAUCGUUGAGACCGGAUGUGCAGAGGCCCUUUCAAAAUGGCUUGAUGGGUGUCUUUUACUAACCACCAUCUUAUUCUUUGUUUUCAUGUUAUUACAAGGCAUAUCUUUUACUUUAAGCAGUAAGGAUCAAGGAUUUGAUUCUGAACUUAGUCCCGUGACUACAACAUAA